UAGUAAUAUAUUAUAUUAAAUUUGGUUUCUGGUUCGCGCUAUUCUCGCCUGCUUUGAACGCUUUAAGAACCAGAUCAACGAACCUACAAACACAUUACAAACAAAACAGAAUACCCUUUUGUAUUGUUCUAACGUUGGCCUUGUUUCAAAACAACCAUUAACAAUGGCGGCGUUAAGCAACAAAACCUUGGACACCCAAUUCCCUCAUUGGUAUUCCCCAGAAACAGGAAUCUGCCACAGCACAAAUCGUCCCAUAACCUUCCCCUCAGACCCAUUUCUCGAUGUUGUCUCCUUCAUUUUUUCCAAACAACAUAAUGGUGUUUCCGCUCUCGUUGAUUCCUCAUCUGGGUCUUCUUCAAUAUCCUAUUCAGAGCUCCACCGUUUGGUUAAAUCAAUGGCCUCUGGUCUCCAUUCCAUGGGUGUCUCCAAGAACGACGUCGUUUUGCUUCUCCUGCCGAACUCCGUUUACUUCCCGGUUAUUCUCUUGGGGGUCGUGUAUUUGGGAGCCAUUGUCACUACCAUGAAUCCUCUCAGCACUGUGACUGAAGUCAAGAAGCAAGUCGCCGACUCCAAGGCUUGUCUUGCUUUCACUCUCCCUGAGAAAGUGGAGCUGUUGCGGGCAUUCAGGGUUGGCGCGAUUGCGGUGCCUGAAAAUUUUAACUCGAGCCAGAAACCAAUGAGUAGUUUUCGAGAGUUUUAUAAGCUUGUAUCUUGCGAGUUUGAUUUUGCUCCAAGGCCAUUGAUCAGGCAACAAGACACAGCUGCGAUAAUGUAUUCCUCGGGAACAACUGGCGCGAGCAAAGGUGUUGUGCUAACUCAUGGGAAUUUCAUAGCCAUGGUUGACCUUUUUGUGAGGUUUGAGGCCUCACAAUACGAGUACCCGAGAUCGGAGAAUGUGUACUUAGCUGUUCUGCCAAUGUUCCAUAUAUAUGGACUGGCUCUUUUUGUUAUGGGACUCUUGUCUUUGGGUUCUACCAUUGUUGUCAUGAGAAAAUUUGAUGUCAACGACAUGGUGAAGACCAUAGAAACUUACAAGGUCACACACUUCCCUGUUGUUCCACCAAUGUUAAUAGCCUUGACAAAGUGUGCAAAAGUGGUUGGUGGGAAAGGUUUCCGGAGUUUGAAGCAGGUUUCAUCUGGUGCAGCUCCUAUCAGUGGGAAAAUCAUAGAGGACUUCUUGCACACCCUUCCUCAUGUUGAUUUCAUUCAGGGCUAUGGCAUGACUGAGUCAACUGCAGUAGGAACUCGUGGCUUCAACACCAAGAAGUGUAGGAAAUUUUCUUCAGUAGGACUUUUGGGUCCAAACAUGGAAGCAAAAGUAAUGGAUUUGAAUACAGGGUCGUUCUUGCCUCCCGGUAGUUGUGGCGAACUUUGGCUACGGGGACCAGCAGUUAUGAAAGGAUACCUAAAUAAUGCAGUAGCAACUAUGUCAGCAAUCGAUAAAGACGGUUGGUUACGUACUGGAGAUAUUGUUUAUUUUGACCAAGACGGAUAUUUACAUGUAGUUGACCGGUUGAAAGAGAUCAUCAAAUACAAGGGCUAUCAGAUUGCUCCUGCGGACUUAGAGGCUGUCCUGGCUUCCCAUCCUGAGAUUCGGGACGUAGCUGUAGCAGCCGCUGAGGAUGCGGAUUCUGGGGAGGUACCGGUGGCUUUUGUGGUUAGGAAACACGGAAGCUCGCUUUCUCAGGAAGCUGUUAUGGACUAUGUUGCUAGACAGGUUGCACCAUACAAGAAGAUCAGGAAGGUGGUAUUUACACAUUCGAUACCAAAAUCUGCUGCCGGAAAGAUCCUCCGGAGAGAACUCCAGAAGUCUUUGAAUUCUAAACUCUAAGACCAUUUCCGACGCACAUUCGGCCGACGUCUGGAGUGCAAGUCCGAGGGCAUAUGCCUUCAAGGAGUCAAGUGUGAAGCCAAAGAUAUUCAUCCUACCAAUUGUAUACUUGUCAUUUUAUCCUGAAAAGAUAUUAAGUUUGGUCAAGGGGUGAUAUUCUAUGAUUGAAGUGAUUCUUCUUUACCGUAUCUUUUAGGUUUGUCCAAA